GCUCUCCCGCGUCGCCAAGCUUCGUCCUUCCAGCCAAGGAAACGUAGCGAUACGUCAUGUGCGGGGGAGCGAUCCUCGCCGAGCUCGUCCCCGCGCGGGUGCACCGGCCGCUCACGGUCGCCACGCUCUGGCCGGCGGCCGACAGCGGGGCCACCGCCGGCGGCAAGAGGAAGGCGGCCGACGUCGACGAGCUCGAGACCGUCACCGACGACGAGGAGUUCGAGGCCGAGUUCCAGCUUUUCGUGGACGACGACGAGCCGUCUCCGGCCGCCUCGCCGGAAUCCGGCGGCCGCAGGUCCAGGGCUGCCCCUUCUCCUGCAGUUUCAGGGCGCUCCGUUUGCACGAGCCCGGCUCCGCGCGUGAACAAGUACAGGGGCGUCCGCUACCGCCGGUCGGGGAGGUGGGCGGCGGAGAUCAGGGACCCGCGGCAGGGGCGGCGCGCCUGGCUCGGCACCUUCUGCUCCGCCGAGGAGGCCGCCCGGGCGUACGACCGCGAGGCCCGCCGGAUCCGCGGGAAGAGCGCGCGGCUCAACUUCCCGCUCCUGGACGAAGGCCGCCGCCAGAGGCGGACCGCGCCGGCGCCGGCCAUGGCCAUCGACCUCAACCUGCCGGCCGUCUCCGACGACGACACCAUGGAUGCUGACGACGAUUCCGACGACGCUCACCGUUCAGCGAUGGGCGGUGAGGCGGUGCAGAGCACGCUGGCGCGGAUCAAGGAACUGAUCACACAGCAGGGUCCUCACGGAGAGAGGAUCGUGCCGGAACUGAAGAUGAACGGAGCGGCCGGGGCGUUGCAGUACGCGGCGCUGAUCGCCGAAUGCAGCCGUCAGAUGGAGGGGAUUGCUGCCCUGCGGAGAGACCUCGAGACACGCGAGAGGCAGCUUGUCCGGCUGGUUUCAAAUGUUAUGCUUCGUUGAUCACUAACAGUUCACUUUUGAAUACCAUUUCAGCCCUGAUGAGUGUAAAAAUGAAGCUGAGAGGCAUGAUGAAGGGCGUGACAAACAGUUCACUUUUGAAUACCAUUUCAGCCCCCACUUUGAUUACAGUGUGCUCUUUGUUCAGAAAAUUAUGUACACCAGCAUCUACGGUGAUGGUCCUGCUGAGAGAUUAAUGUCUUUGUUUAUCCUUAGAAUUCUUGUGUUGUUUUUAGUCAUCAAGAUGUUGACUUCCAUGAAAGUUUAUCUCCGAUCCACAUAGCUGUAUACUUUUAUGAAAAAUGGUGGCUUGUAAAUUUCUCUUUGCUCUGGGUAUUAAGAUCGAUUAGCAUCUUUAGUGAGUAAUUAGUCUUUGUUUCACAGGGCCCUCCAAACAUCCUGUUUUUAGAGGGAAGUUGUAAUUGGCGCCACUGGCGCUGCUGUAAACUCUCUCCUUCUUAUCAAUACAUGCUGGACAAUGUUCCAGGUCUUUCAAAAAACAAA